CUGAGCUUCCUCCAGAAUCCAAGUAGUGAUCUAUUGUGGGAAAUGCUGUCAUAUCUAUCACGUCUUAUCAUCACACUCCCUUAGAGUUACAUAAAUUGCAAUAUAAAAUUCCAACUCUUCCAAAAAGUCGCAUUAGUUAUUCCUUUUCAUGAUCAUACAAAGGUACCGGUCGCUUCUAUGCGCUGUCCCUUUUCCUCCUUAUUCAAAUGCACAUUAGAAAGAGUUGACCAAUCGUAUCGGAAGCUGGUUCCACAGGUUUAUUAACUUGAAAAUAUCCUCACGAACCCCUGAAAUUAAAAUAGAUAUUUACCUACUAUUUACCUACUAUCAAGAUAACCUAAAGGUAAUAUACGGGAAACAUAUGUAUGGAUAUUUGAGUUAAACACUUACACCUACAUACACCUUGGUGUCUUCAAUACAUGUAAGAUGUAUAAGCCACAGGAUAUUUCGAGACGCCACAACAAAACCUCGGCUCCAGCCCCAGCUCCCGUUCCACACGCAGUUUCGAACGAAAACCAGACCCAGACCCAGACCCACAGGGUCCAGGAAAGCCAUAGCAAACCCAAUCGCGGGCAGCAACGACCGCCCAAUGUGAGAUUCUUAGGCCUAAUACCCCACUAUAGCCGUCACCCCACCCUCCAUCUUUUCUUCACAAUCUUCGGGAGCGCCGUCCUUGUAUUUCUCCUUUUUUUUCUUUUUCCUUGGAAGACUCAACCAGAUCGCCAAGAUUGGACAUUCAGGCAAAGCCUCAAGCACGACUUAGACAAUAUCAAGGGAUCAUUCUUCCCUUCUACUUCAACGGUUACCACUACCACUACCCUUUACCAAACAAUACCUACCCCUCUAUACACUCAAGAACCGGUACCAGAAGCCAAAAUGUCGACCGAGCAGACUUUCAUUGCCGUCAAGCCUGAUGGUGUCCAGCGUGGCCUCGUUGGCGCUAUCAUCUCUCGCUUCGAGAGCCGAGGCUUCAAGCUCGUUGCCAUCAAGCUCGUCGCUCCCGGCAAGGCCCACCUCGAGAAGCACUACGCUGACCUCAAGGACAAGCCCUUCUUCCCUGGUCUAAUUGAGUACAUGAACAGCGGCCCGAUUGCCGCCAUGGUUUGGGAGGGUCUUGAUGCCGUCAAGACUGGCCGAACUCUCCUCGGUGCCACCAACCCCCUCGCCUCUGCCCCCGGUACCAUCCGUGGUGACUACGCUCUCCAGACCGGCCGCAACGUCUGCCACGGCUCCGACAGCGUCGAGAACGCCAAGAAGGAGAUCGCUCUGUGGUUCGGCGAGGGCGAGCUUGUCAGCUGGGAGAGCGCCCAGGCCAAGUGGAUCUACGAGUAGAAUAAGAAAAAGAGAUAUGAUGCUAGAGAUCCAUAGAACGUGAUAGAAGUUUGAUCUAGCUUGGACAAGCGAAACAGACAAAAUUCAUGUGUCUUUAAGAUCAGAUAGAAAGCGCAUAUUGAUUGCAAUAAACCAAGAAUCAUA